CAAAAUUUGUAGACGAGCUGAUCGCCAACCAGGAGAUCAGAAUGAUCGCAUCUGCUCCUGCCACUUUAAGGAUGGUAAGAAGGAGGGGGACCCUGCAUAUUUUGCAUGGAAUGAAGGAAAGGCCAUGGAUUUCUCUGAUCCUGAAUGUACAAAAAGGAGGAAAAAACUCAAAAGUGAGGAGUCCCUGUCAUCUUCACAGAUGGACCAGUUGCAGAUUCCACAAGCACCAAAAUGUCAAGAUCAAGAAAAAUUGAUAUCAGAGCACAACUACUCAGUAUCCUGCACUUUUAACUGUACUCAAGAAAUGCAGCGCCUCUCAACAGAAAUACAACUGGAAAAGGAAUUGCUUGCCCUAAAAAUAGAGUCUAGUAAAAGGAAGCCAAUAUCAAUCCACGAUAUUAAAUACAACAAAGAGAAGGUCUCUGAUCAGCAGGGGCAUUUUCUCUAUAUAAGAAGAAAAUGGAGACUCCCUACCCACCCGAUGUAUUUUGUCGGACAGUUUUCUGUACAUUGCAGUCACCAAUAUAUCCAAAUAUCAUCACCGGCCCAGACGUCAUUCACUCCUUUGAAUUGUGCUGGUAGCAGUAAGGUGUCAUCAUUUGAGAUGGUCACAGUAUCCAAUACACUGAAGUCACAGGACUCAAAUUUCAUACAUGUUCACAGGGUCUCUGCCAAAAUCUUUUGAGGAUUUUUCCUCUGCUAGAGCAUCCAUGGAUGCAAUUGAAACAAUCCAGGACAUCCCAACACAUAUGGAUAAUCAGGCCAUGGCCUACAGUAUGUACAAAAGUUGCCAUACUUUUAAAGCAGUAACUUGCGUGCCUCCAAAUGGUGCACUUACAUUUUGCUCCAUGCUGUACCCAGGUUCUACUUCUGAUGUAGCUAUUGUACGUCACAGCCAAGUUUUACGAAAGUUCAAAGCUGGAGACCUUAUUUUGGUGGUCAAAGGUUUCACCAUUCAUGACCAGUUGCCCCAGGGUGUCUGCUUAAUUAUAAAAGCUCUUUUAUCGACACGAGGCCAGUUUACCAUACAAGAAGCAGCACUGUGUUACAAGAUUGCUAAAGCACUUAUUCAUGUGGAAAGAGCCAACGAGAGGAUAAAGAAUUACGAGAUUCUCCGUCACAUACCAUCUACUUACAGACCAAUCUCAACAAAAAUAUUUCAACUCUGUUCUUGUCUUGUAAACUUGCAAGCUCCACUUUUGAAAGAAAUUACUUAAAGAUACAUGUACUUAUUAUAAAUUUGCAUUGGCGUGUGACAGUAUACACUAAACAGUGAAGAUAUUCAUACCAAAGUGCAAGGGAUAAGCAAACUUUGAUUUGUUAUCAAUGUCAAUGGUUAUAUUUGUUAACUUUGUAGUAUGUUGUAAUACAUAUACUUCAGAAAAUGAAAAUCCCUUUUGUUAGCAUGGAUUUAUUACAAGAAUGUUUGGCAAUUCCAUUCUUCAUUUGACAAUAUAAUUUGGAAGAGGGUUUACUUAUAAUUUUAAAUCUCUAGUUUAAAGUACAUUUACCUUUAAAGCACAACUCAACAAAUUCAUGUUUUCAACAAUUUAUCUAUUAAGAAAGACCAAAAUGUUACAUUUUCACUUUGAGAAUAACAUCUUCAAUUCAUUAAUAAAAUGAUUCUAAAUUUU